GGGGACGACCGGGGCUCAUUGCUUUGGCGCCGUCUGGGGAGCGCGAGCCUGCGGGUGGCGCGCGUUGCACUGUGGCGGCUCCUCUCGGAGCGCAGCCGACCCGCUGACCGGGGCUCCGUUUCCCCUGUCCGGCGCGCCCCGGCGUUCGGCUGGAGACCGAAACAGCAGCGGCCGCGGCUGCUCUGCCGCCGCCGUCUCCGCGGGAGCAUGGAGUGCGCCCUGGAUGCCCAGAGCCUGAUCAGCAUCUCCCUGCGCAAGAUCCACAGCUCCCGGACCCAGCGCGGCGGCAUCAAGCUACACAAGAAUCUCCUGGUGUCCUACGUGCUCCGCAACGCGCGCCAGCUCUACCUGAGCGAGCGCUACGCCGAGCUCUACCGGCGCCAGCAGCAGCAGCAGCAGCAGCAGCCGCCCCACCACCAGCACCAGCACCAGCACCUCGCGUACGCCUCGCCGGGCAUGCCGGCCAGCGCGGCCGACUUCGGCCCGCUCCAACUUGGCGGCGGCGGGGACGCGGAGGCGCGCGACCCGGUUGCCCGGCACCAGCUGCACCAGCUGCACCUCCAACAGCAGCUGCACCAGCUCCAGCACCCGGCGCCCAGGGGCUGCGCGGCGGCGGCCGGGGCGCCCGCGGGCGGCGCGGGGGCGCUCUCGGAGCUGCCCGUGUGCGCCGCGCUCCAGCCGCCGCACGGCGCGCCCCAUCGCGGGCAUCCCUUGGAGCCGCUGCAGCCAGGUCCUGCGCCGCUGCCGCCUCCCGUGCCCACCGCGCUCUGCCCGCGGGACCCUCGCGCCCUGGCCGCCUGCUCCUUGCCCUCCGCACCCCCAGGGGCCGCCCCUCAAGCCGCCGCCUCCCAGCCCGCCUCCCCGGCCCCCGCCUCCUCCCCCGGCUUCUACCGGGGCGCGUACCCGGCCCCCUCGGACUUCGGCGUGCACUGCAGCAGCCAGACCACCGUGUUGGACCUGGACACUCACGUGGUGACCACGGUGGAGAACGGCUACUUGCACCAGGACUGCUGCGCCUCCGCCCACUGCCCCUGCUGCGGCCAGGGCGCCCCGGGACCCGGCCUGACGUCCGCCGCCGGCUGCAAGCGCAAGUAUUACCCUGGCCAGGAGGAGGACGACGACGAGCAGGAGGACGCGGGCGACCUGGGGGCCGAACCCCCCGGGGGCGCCCCGUUUGCCCCCUGCAAGCGCGCCCGCUUCGAGGACUUCUGCCCGGACUCGUCGCCGGACGCGUCCAACAUUUCAAACUUGAUCUCCAUCUUUGGCUCGGGCUUCUCGGGGCUGGUGAGCCGACAGCCGGACUCCUCGGAGCAGCCGCCGCCGCUCAACGGGCAGCUGUGCGCCAAGCAGGCGCUCGCCAGCCUCGGCGCCUGGACUCGAGCCAUUGUCGCCUUCUAGGGACCCCCGAGGGCACGGGGACCCGGGACCCCGCGGGGCUGGGGCCAGACAAAGACUCGGCCAAAGGGACGAGAGGAGGGAGCGAACAGGCGCCCGGCCACUCGUGGCUGAGCUGGGGACUAGCAGGGGGAGGUGGCUGAUGUUUUAUACAUUGUAAAAUAAAAAGAAAAAGAAAUCUAA